CCGGCGGCUCCUCGUCGUUUGCCUCGGGCUUUGCGACAGGCACGGGCGCGCCCCCAUCGAUGUUUACUGGCGUGAGAAACGCCGUGUCGAUCCAGCCGCCCAAAAAAGUCAUCCGUGCCACCAGAGACUAUCGAUCGAGAGCUCCUCAAGAGCUGAGCUUUGUGAAGGGCGACUUCUUCCACGUCCUCACCGACGACAACUCUUCCAAUCCAGACUGGCUCGAGGCGACGAACCCGGUGACGAACGCGAGGGGUCUUGUGCCCGCUGCUUACUUUGAUAUCCUCUCGAGGUCAUCAAGACCGGCGCCAGCUGGAAGCGCAGGCAUCCAACAGGGGGCAGGGGCAGGAGCAGGAGCAGGGGCAGGGACAGGGAUGGGAAUGGGGCCUGGGGCAGCUGGGACGUCGGCGGCUGCAUCCGGGCAACCGGGCCCGGCCAAGAGCGGCGCUGGUCUCUUUGGGACAGUCAAGUAUGACUUUGCGGCCGAACGUGCAGACGAGCUCGAGGCAAAGGCGGGCGAAUCGAUCAUCGUCAUUGCCCAGUCCAACUACGAGUGGUUUGUGGCUAAGCCGAUUGGCAGACUGGGUGGGCCAGGCCUGAUCCCCGUCGCAUUCAUCGAGAUCAAGGACCUGUCGACAGGCAGAGUCGUCGAGAACGUCGACGAGCUCAUCGACAGCGGCGUCGUGCCAAAGGUGGAAGAGUGGAAGAAGAUGACGGCAGAUUACAAGAAGAACACCAUUCCCCUCGGCCGAUUUGACUUUGCGGGCAACCAAGCUCAGCCCGGGGCCCAGGCGCAGCCCCAAGGGUUGGGGCAACAGCAGCAGCAGCCUUUCCAACAGCAGCAACAGCAACAACAGCAGCAGCAACAGCCGCCCUUUGACCCGUCUUCGUCGUCCUCGUCGAAUCAGUUCUAUGAGCAGCAACAGCAGCAGCCACCCAUCCCACCAAAGGACGGUCAACCAAGCCUGGACAAUAUGCCCCCGGACAUCACGCCUGGGCAGGAACUGCCCACUGGCAUCGUUCACAGCGCCAACGUUGACUCGUUCCACUACGAGCAGGGCGACUAUUGGUUCCGCAUCCAGGCUGGCCACAUUGCAGGCCCAUCAUCGAGCGCGAAUUCAGACGCACCCACAGCACCUGCGGGCGAGGAGAGGGACCUGAUCCUCUACCGGCUCUAUGAGGACUUCUACGAGUUUCAAAUUGCCCUUCUCGAUCAUUUUCCCGCGGAAGCAGGACGGGAGCAGCUGGCCAAUGGACAGAUGAGCGAACGGAUACUGCCGCUGAUGCCAGGUCCGCUCGAGCAAGUCGAUGACCUGAUCACGUCGCAGAGAAGGCAGGACCUGGACCUGUACAUCACCGAGCUGUGUGCCCUGCCCGAGUACAUUCUCCGCUCCGAGCUCGUCAGACUCUUCUUCGAGCCGCGGCCUGGCGACCACUGCACUACUUCACCUCCCCGGAAUCAGCAGGCUCAAGCAUCUGGUGCGACCACGAGUGAAAUUCUGGCAAGCAACGGGACAAGCAAAUACUCCGAAGACAUGCCCGUUGGCUCUUCUGCGCGGUCAGCGACGGGCGACGAGCUAAGCUCGGGCAUGGCCAGCCUUGGCAUGGGCGAAGGGGGGCCAAACGGAGGAGGAGCGGCCAGCCGAAGCUCGCAGCACUCUGCCGCCGACAGCCGAAGCAGUGGGCCCAACUCGCACUCGGCCCACCUCAAGCCGCACCAGAACAUGACGAGGAACACGUCGGCGACGACGGUCGAUUCGAGGGACUCGAGGGGCUCCUCGUCCCACGGACGAUCAGGGUCAGUGCAUGCGCAGCCGCCGCUCCCCACGUCCGCAACCUCGGGUGCUGGUGCCGGUGCCGGCCAGCCCCCGUUUGUCAAGAUCAAGAUUUUCCACCGAGUCACCGACGACACGGUUGCGAUCCGCGUCCCACCGAAUGUCACCUUUGCCGCGUUGAUGGACAAGGUCAAGGAACGGCUGGGAAGCGAUGUGGCCAUUCUUCGUUACAAGGAGGCACAGCCCGAGCCCGGGUCGAGCGGCAUGAUGCGGCUGAGCGACGACGAGGACCUCAAGGAGUGGCUGGCAAGCGGUGGAAAGAUGACACUCUUUGCCGAUUCCAAGUAAUCGACUCUUCUCUUCGUUUUUACCCCUGCUUCAGCUGCUUCAUCUCUCCACGAUGUCGAUCGACGCCGCCGCAUGCCCUUUUCAAAUCGCAUCUCCACACUCCGAAAGCAGGCCUCUUCGUUCUCGAUUUCGACAAGUGCUCCCGCUGUGCUGCCAUCAUCAUACCAGGGUUCUUCUUUUCCUUUUCCCUUUCCUACUCGUCUCGGUCAUCUUCUUCUCUCAUCACCUGUUGUUAUUUGUGUUGUCUGUUGUCUUUCUUUUCCUCAUCAGCUCUUUUUGUCGCCCUUUCAUGGCUCGACUGAUGGCACUAUUUUCUCUUCUUUCUCUCUCUUCCCUCUCUCCUCUCUCUCUCUUUCACUUUCUUUCUCGAGGAAUGAAUGCCAAACGGAAGGUCCCACC